AUGCCGCCAGCAGCGACAGGCGCAUCGUCCAGCGCAACCUCAUCCACAAUGGCAUCCUCCAAGGCAUCCACCUCGGCUGUAGAGGAGAUCGCCAAGAGCGCAUCAGAACCACCCAAGCACACCUCCUUCUCGUCCAUCGGCAUCUCGCCCAUGCUAAUCCGCAGUCUCGCAUCGCUGCAGAUCAAGGUGCCCACCCCGAUUCAGAGCCUCACCAUCCCAUCAGUACUCGAGGGACGCGACCUCGUCGGUGGCGCUCAGACCGGUUCCGGCAAGACGCUCUGCUUUGCGCUGCCCAUCCUCAACCGACUCAUCAAGGACAUGGUCGGCGGCUUCGCUGUCAUCCUCACACCCACACGAGAGCUCGGCGUUCAGCUGCAUGAGCAAUUCGUCGCAGUGGGCGAGGGCGCACGCAUGGGUCUUCGCUGCGCGCUCGUGCUCGGUGGCAUGGACAUGAUGAAGCAAGCAUCCGAGCUCGCCAGCAUGCGACCGCAUGUCAUCGUGGCCACGCCCGGUCGUCUCGUCGACCAUCUGCGCAGCGGAGGUGGCGAGGAGUGGGGACUCCGACGCUGCCGAUUCCUCGUGCUCGACGAAGCAGACCGACUGCUCACAGACACGUUCAAGCCCGAGCUCGACUACCUCUACUCGGUGCUGCCGUCGCCAAAGACGCUGCAGACGUUGCUCUUCACCGCAACGCUCACGCCAGAGGUGGAGGAGUUUGCCAAAAGCAAACGGCCCGAGGGUAAGCUGGCGCCGAUGGUGUGCAAGAUCGAGAUGGACACCAAGACACCCGAGACGCUCGAGCAGCGGUACGUGUUUGUGCCGUCGCACAUCCGCGAGCCGUACCUGUACCACAUUAUGCGCCACCCGCCCAUCAAGCCGUCCUCGGAGCGCGUGCGCAAGCUCAAGGCGAAGCGCGAGGCCGAGCGUGAACGACGCGCCGAGAACGACCGCAAGAAGGGCAAGCGUCCGCGCGCCCACCACGGCUCGGACUCGGAAGACAGCGACGACGAGGGCGCAGCACUCUUUCUCCCGGCCACCAUCAUCUUCACCGCACGCUGCAAGACCGCCGCCACGCUAUCGGGCAUGCUGAGCGAGUUGGGCAUCCCCAAUGUGUCGCUGCACUCGCAUCUGCGCCAGUCGGAACGCAGCGACAACCUGCAGGCCUUCCGUGCGCAGCGCGUGCCCGUGCUCAUCGCCACCGACGUAGGCUCGCGCGGUCUCGACAUUCCCGACGUCGAGAUGGUCGUCAACUGGGAUCUGCCCUCGGCAUGGCAGGACUACGUGCACCGCGUGGGUCGUACGGCGAGAAAUGGCAAGCGCGGCUUUGCCAUCUCGUUCAUCACCGAGCGCGAUAUCGACGUGGUGCACUCGAUCGAGGCCAAGAUCAACACCAAGCUCACCGAGCUCGAGGGCAUCGCAGACGAAGACAAGAUCCUCGAGAAGCUCAACACCGUCGCAACAGCAAAGCGCGUAGCCACCAUGGCCAUGCACGACGCAAAAUUCGGCGAGCGCCAGCAGCGCAACUACGAAAAGAAGCUCGCCAAACAAAAGGCAGACAAGCGCGCUGCCAAGGCCGCGCGCAAAGACAACUCCAGCGCUUGA